GGGCCGGCGGCAGCGCGACCGUUUCACUUACGUCAAAACAAAUUUACGACAGUGGCAGCGGCUGUGGUUGCUGUGGAGAGGCUCUCGGUGCCGCGCCGGUCCCUCGCCCCGCUGAGCCCCGGACCCACGGGCGGAUUACGUCCGGCCAAUUCCACUUUUCAAAUCAUGGAGGCAGAACAGAUUAUGGAGGGACAGCCGCAGGUUCCAGAAAAUCCCCAUUCUGAAUACGGUCUCACUGAAAACGUAGAGAGGAUAGUAGAAAAUGAGAAAAUAAACGCAGAGAAAACAUCAAAGCAGAAGGUGGAUCUUCAGUCGUUACCCACACGUGCCUACUUGGAUCAGACGGUUGUACCUAUCUUGCUACAGGGACUUGCUGUUCUUGCAAAAGAGAGGCUUGAAAUCAAUUUGGAUAUCUGAGCUAUUGGCGAGUCAUACUGCACAUAACUGUUCCUCAGUUUUGCCAAAAUAACGUUAUCAAAAGCUGGUAUGGAUGAUGGUAAUCACAUCACGGUACCUACAGCCAGAACAACCAUCAACAGUGUCUCAACCUCAAAAGGAGUUGUGAACAUGAAUUGCAUUGUACAGACAGCUCGUUAGGCAAAAGAGCAUCUAGGAAGGUACACCCCACACCCCGUGGGCACACCUGAGCAGCGUGCGGAUCUUCAGCUGACACCUGUGGGAGCUCUGCUGCAGACCGAGUGUAAAACACAGCCUAAGGUGGAUACCCCGCACUUAGACUCUGGGUACUUGUGUGGCAGACAAAGGGGUUUUUUUAAUUAUUGUUUCGUACCUUUCUUCAAUAUGGAAGGAGCUGUUCGUUAUGGGGACUCAUCACAGGAGUGAAAUUGGAACAUUGAUAGAAGAUGUUAGGGAAAAGAGGAAAAAACCUUACGGUAUCAAACGGUCAAGGUCAAACUGCCUGUUCAGUUGAGCGUAUUAAAACCUCAGGGGUGAGAAAGCAGAGCUGGUAGUUCGGCUGUACAGUCUUCUGCUUAAAAUUGAACUGAAAAGUAACUAAUGGAUGCUAAGGUUUUUUUUUUUUUUCUAAGGAAUAUAGAGCUGUUCAGGGAACAGCACAGUACAUCUGAUGACUAUGCCUGGAAUUCAGUAGAAAUUAUCAUCCAGGAUAGUGAGCAUGUGGAUAAAUGACAUAUUUGGGAGGAGGCAACACCACUUUUGUCAGGUCUUGUAAGUCUCCUGGGAGUUCACUGAAGGAGUCAGCAAGCACAUGUAAACAGGAAUCCAGAUGACACAGUCUGUUUAAAUUUCCAAAAGGUUUCUGGCAGAGUCAUUCGUUAAAAGCUUUUAAAGAGACUUGCUGUGGGAUUGAGGGAAAAGCCUUUAUAUGGAUGAGGAACUGAUUGGAAGACAUGAGACGGAGUAGAAGUAAAUCGUGAAUUUUCACGGUGAAAUGAGCUCAGCGCUAGAAUCCUGGAAAGGAUCAUUUAUAACAACUUGGAAAAAGUGGCUAACAAAAUCUGUUGAUGAUACCGAGUUUUACAGAAUAGGUUGGAGGUUUUCUUGUUUUGUUUUCUGCUUAGUUUUUUGAGUUUUUUUCAAGUUAAUUGAUUGUAAAUAAUUGCAUGGGAACUUCAUAAACUCGAUGUGAAACUAUGGAAGACUGCUAUGAAAAAUUGAAACUAUGACAAAAAGCCAAAGAUUGCAUACAAGUAAACAGAAAAUUAUGCCCCCAGGAGGGUAAUAAAUACCCUAAUGCUAGUGACAAAAUGAUAGAUUCUGAGUUGACAAUUACCCUUGUGAAAAAAUAUUUUUAAUCUCUUAAAUGUGGAUGUCAGUGCACGGCUCAAUCAAAAAUAAAUUCGGAAUGGUAGGACUUAGAAAUUGAAGGGGUGAAAACAAGCACAGUGUCACUAUUUGAAUGUAUGUUCUUGUAUUUUUAAUACUGUAUGUAAUUCCAAUUCCCCUGUUUUCUGGAAGAAUGUGAGAAAGCGUAAAGGCCUCAGGUUGAGGACAUUACAUUUUAUUUGGGCUCAAUGGGCAACUGGUCAAAGUUGUAGAGGAAUCCACCCAGGACAUGGACCAGAAGGUGCUAGCUCAGAAAGCCGGCACAUGCUUAGAAGCCAGAAGGAUGGUUCAGAGAUGUAUCUCUGCACGCUUCUUCUGGUUUUUUGUGUGGAAUCAGUAACUUUGCCAUUUAUUCUGCUGCCAGAAUACGGAUUAGCAGGAUUCAUGCAUUGUAGUGUGAUUUUUUUU